GCAUAGUGUCCUUGUCUUAGGGUUUUUUUUUGCUGGCCAAUGGAUUUCAGUCCAUUACAGUUUACAAAGAAGACUAGGGUUUCAAGUUUCAAGUUUCAACUUUCAACUGCGGAGAAAAUUAGUGUUUCAGAGCUGAGGAGCACAGAAAUUGGGGUUUUUUAGGUCCGCAUACUGAGAAUAAAGAAUGGGAAUGAACUCAUACGAGGAGCUUAGAAACCAGAGGCUCCAAGAGAAUCUCAAGCGUUUUAAGGAUUUAGGGCUUCAGAGUGUCUCCCUAGACCUUUCUGAGGCUUCCAAAUCUGAAACCAAGACUAUUCAACGUACUGUAAAGCCACGCUCAAAGGGAAGUGAUGAGGAGUUCAUGAUACUGCGACGAUCUUCUAGAGCUUCAAAAAAUCCUGUUCCGGUGUAUCAUGAAGUUGGUACAAUCCUUCCACGCUACCGAAUGAGAUUUGCCAGAAAGUCAUCUCGUGGUGGUGAUAUAAGGUAUGCUUCUGAUGAAGAACGAAUCUAUGCAUUUAAAAAGGCGGAGAAGCUUCAAAGUAAUCUAAAAUCAGGACACCCCUCUUUUGUAAAACCUAUGGUGCGGUCACAUGUAUCAAGCUGUUUUUGGCUGGGACUUCCCUCAAAAUUUUGCCGGGGCCACCUUCCUCGGAAAGAUUCAACGAUGAUUUUGGAGGAUGGAGAUGGAUUAGAGUUUGAGACCAAUUAUAUUGCAAGUAGAGAAGGGCUCAGUGGGGGGUGGAAAGGUUUCGCAGUGGACCAUAAACUGGAUGAUGGGGAUGCAUUGGUUUUUGAGUUAAUCGAGCCUACAAAAUUUAAGGUAUAUAUCAUCAAGGUCUCUGAGUACAACAAUGAAGAAAAGGAGAAACCCACUGGCUCCACCAAAAAAACUAAGUGUGAAUCCAGAAAAAAGUAUAACUGGACUGAUAAUGACAAUGUUUAUUCUUUUGAGACAGAGGUAACAAGGGAAACUCAGUCUGCUCAGCGUGCUGAGAGAGCAGCAAAGAGAAGAUGUGCAACUUCACUACAGAAAAUUAUACCAUAGUACAAUGGAAUGUAUGGUGGAAAUUAAUUUUGGUUGGUUGAACAUUGAAAUGUACUAUACUUCUGAACUUGACUCUCAGUGCCAGAAUGAGUGAUGGAUGACCUUUGGAUUAUCGAUAUAGCAUACUCCAAUAGAUUAUGUUGCGCAUAACCAGUUUUGAAUUCUGGUUGGGAAGAAACUUUGGAGUGCUUUAUAAAUUAGUCAUUUUUUUUGUGGUAGUCUAUCUCAUUUCUGGAUUUUGGUUGUUUAUAAUAUAAAUGUUUUGGUGUUUGUAAUGUGAUUAAAGGUACUAAGAUCAAUGUUAUCAGACUUGUUAUGAUAUGAAUGUUUUGGAGUUUUUAAUGUGAC